GAUGAAACCAACAACUAUUUGUAUGAUGAGUUAUGGAAGUUGUGUGGUGGAUCUUUGUUUGAUCUUCCAAAAAUUGGAGAAAACGUAUAUUACUUUCCUCAAGGGCAUAUAGAAUAUAUGACUUGGGUGAAAUACCACCAAUUUUUGAUAUUCCUUCAAAAAUUCGAUGCAAUGUUAUUGACAUUCAGUGUGGAGAAUGAUACAGAUGAUAUUUAUGCAAAAAUUAGCUUGUUGCCGGAUACAGCUAAAAUCUACUAUUUCACCAAAGUUUUAACUGCUUCAGAUGUAAAUCCACACGGGGGAUUUUCAAUAUUAAAAAGACAUGCCGAUGAAUGUCUUCCUCCGCUGGAUAUGUCUCAGCCAACACCGACUCAAGAAAUAGUUGCUAAAGAUCUUCACGAUUAUGAAUGGAGAUUUAAACAUACUUUUAGAGGUACACCAAAAAGACAUAUUUUUACAACUGGUUGGAGUGCAUUCGCAAGAGGAAAAAAAUUGGUCAUGGGAGACUCUUUUAUUUUGAACUUACUAUUUUCUUAUUCAAGAGGAGAGAAUGGGGAGUCACGAGUUGGAAUACGAAGAGCAGCGCAUCAACAAGACAAUAUACCUUCAUCGAUAAUUUCAAAACAGAGUAUGCACCAUGGAAUUAUUGUUUCUGCAAUGAAUGCUAUCAAUACCAAAUGCAUGUUCAAUGUGUUCUGUAAGCCAAGAUCAAGCCAAUUCAUCGUUAAUUUUGAAAAAUAUAUUGAAGCAAUGAAUAAAAAGUUUAAAGUAGAUUCGAAUUUUACUAUGCGGUUCGAAGAUGCUAAUUUUACUGAAAUAAGAUACACGGAGAAGAUCAUAAACAAUACAAAUUAUUCCUUUCAUUGGAGAGAUUCUGACUGGCGAAGCUUAGAAGUGAAAUGGGAUGUGGCUGCAUCAAUUCCAAGACCUGAUAAGGUUUCUCCAUGGGAAAUCGAGCCUUUGGCACCUUCAUCUAACAUUAUCCAAUCGCAUCUUAAGAAUAAACGAUCACGUCAUGUUGAUGAAAUUAAUAUGUUGAUUCCUACACUGACUCAAGGACAAGAAAUCGGACAAUCAAGCAUGAACUCUCCAAUGAGUAUUUCUCAGCUUAGUAAUCACCAUGCAACUAAUUAUUCCAAGAUUUCGUCUAGUUGGCCAAUGAACUACUCAGUUCCUAGCAUAUCUAAGCCGGACAGUAACGACCAAAUGGUUAUGUCUGCGAAUGAAAAUAUAACCAUUGAUGCAACAAGUGGUUACAAAUUGUUUGGAGUUGAUCUCACGACUCCAACAGAAACAAAAGAUCUUAUAGAACAAAUUGACUUAUACCAAAAAGUAAAAAUUUCCAAAAUCUCCGAAGAAGAAAAGAUUGAACAAAUCCAAACUCUGACAUCUUCAAAAGAUAUCCAAAGCCAGCAAAUCAAUUCUACUAGAAGUCAUAUCAAGGUUCAAAUACAAGGUGUAGCUAUAGGAAGAGCUGUGGAUUUAACUGUUCUUGAUGGAUAUAACCAGUUAAUCGAUGAACUAGAAAAACUUUUUGAUCUCAAAGACGAGCUGCGUAUGGGCAAUCAAUGGGAAAUAGUUUUUGCAGAUGAUGAAGGAGAUAUGAUGCUUGUUGGAGAUGAUCCAUGGAUCGAGUUUUGCAAUGUUGUGAAGAAAAUAUUCAUACUCUCAAAAAAUGAAGUCAAGAUAAUGGGAUCUAAGAACAAAUUCUCUGAAGGUGGCUCAACAUCAACAACAACAACUUCAACAUGUCUUGACUUAUCACCAAACGCCAAAAUAAAUCACAACUUCUUAAAU